AUGUUACGCAUGGCGACUCGAAAUGAUGCAAAGGCUCUCGGCAUCGAUGCGGGCUUCUUAAAGCCAGGGAAGAAAGCGGAUAUCAUUGUGUUAGAUUUGACAAAAAACCAGAUGUUCACGCCGCUAUUGAAGGAUAUCACGAAUCGCAAGAUAAUUUUGGAGAGCCAUCUUGUUUAUGGCUGCAAUGGAUCUGCGGCGCAGCACUCCAUAAUUGACGGACUCAUCGUAAUGAAGGACUUCCGUGUAUUAGCCGUUGAUGAAGGACAGCUGCGGAAGUCAAUGGGUAACAGUUUCGAAGGUCUCGCAGAGGAUAUGAAAUCUUUCUUGAUAGAUAGUCGGGCAGUGAUGGCGAAUGGAAACAAGUAUAGCUUUCUUUCGUCUCAGAAAAGGUAUAUAUAG